AUGUUUCUAAUUGUCGGUCGCAUCAUCGGUACGGGAAUCUUUUCAACGCCCUCAUCGGUCACAAGUAGUGCAGGGAGUGUUGGUGCAGCGUUGCUUCUAUGGGUAUUAGGUUUUCUACUCGCUGGUGCCGGUCUUUGUGUAUGGCUCGAGCUCGGUUGUAUGAUGCCGCGCAGUGGAGGAGAGAAGGUUUACCUCGAAGCGGUUUAUCACAAGCCAAAGCUUUUGAUCACGGUCGUUUUGCGAUUCGAGAUCCCUACGCCAGUUUCCACAACUCGUUCGCAGGCUCAUCGACAUCAAGCAGCAUUAAGAUGGUCGAAUGCUGCAUAUGUAUCAAACGAGAUUCGAAAUCCUGUUCGAACCUUGAAGAUCGCCGCUGCCAUCGGUCUAUCUAUCUGCGGUAUGUUGUUCCUCUUGGCGAAUGUGGCAUAUUACGCAGCUGCCACACCGGAGGAGAUUGCAGCUAGUGGUACCACCGUUGCUGCGUUCUUUAUGGGAAAGGUUUUUGGCAGCGCAGCCGAACGUGCCAUUGGUGUCCUGGUCGCCAUUUCAUCGUUCGGAACUGUUAUGACCGUCACUUAUUCCCAAGCAAGAGUGAAUCAAGAACUUGCAAAAGAAGGUGUCGUUCCCUUCCCCAAGUUCUGGGCAUCAACUUGGCCAUUUGGCUCCCCUUCAUCUGGGUUGCCGUUACAUUUCAUUCCUUCGUUCAUCGUUAUCGUAGCAAUCCCAUUUGGCGAUGCAUACAACUUUAUUCUUGACCUUGAAGGUUACCCGUCAAGCGUUAUCAACUUUUUGUUGUCUUGGGUUUGUUCUAUUUUCGAUGGAGCGCGGCAGACAUUCCUCGGCCAUUCAAGGUCUGGUGGUCCGUCGCCAUAA